AUGACGGAUGGCAAUGCGCGUCAGACAUGGACUGAUGCAAAUGGCAAUCCAGUCCAGGUCCCACUCACAAGCAACCGUCGCAGAGGUAUCUACGCCCUCCCAGUGGUGCGUCAAGUUGUCUGGCGAAAUGGUGCAGAAGAAGGAUACACUACAGAGAACCGGGCUUUGCUUGGUUACAAACAGCGUGUUGGGGUCCAGGCUCCUGCUGGUCAAGAGUGUGACUGCUGUAAAAGUGGUAAAGGUCCAUUUGCGUUUUGUGUUGUGGUUGUUGUCAAUGGAGUUCCAGACAGUCGCGGUGCCUGUAGCAACUGUGGAUGGAAUAAUCAAGGUGUUCACUGCAGCCACCCAGGAAAUCAAUCGCCAGAUGGCUCCCCAGCAGGCUAUGCAGCAGGUAGACUCAUACCUCGCCCCGAGUCUCAAGCCAAUACUAACGAACAGAAGCCUCAGCUCCAGCCUCACCCCCCACCUCAGCCCUUGACCCCUGCUAUUCCAUACGAUGGACGGUACUAUACGUCCCCGUUGGAUGACGCAGGGUUCAUUCAGUCCCAUGACCUGUCCUUGCUCCAACGCACUCUGGAAAGCUGCAACACUAUUGCAGAGCGCCUUAAGGACGACAAGGCAUACCUGGCCAAGCACCUCCGGGAUAUUGGGGAGCCAGAAGUGAAGGAUGGUGAGGAUACCGUUAUUGAUUCCUUCGCCGUCCGUCUUCGGGCUCCCCGUAAUCCCCACUCUGGCCGAUUCUAUGACGAGAAGUGGCUCACUUCACCCUGGGAUGACUCCACGGUCUGCAACCUUUUCGACUUCCCGGCCCACCGCAGGGCCCUGCUGGCAUGCAAUGCCAUAAUCAACCGGGUAGAGGACGAUAAGAUACGCCUACGUCUGCGGCUGGAAGAAAUGGGUGAGUCGUACGAUUAG